AUGCGUGCAAAGGCUCGCGGUGCUCCCCGCGACGCUUCCUUGGCAAGCCAGGCCGAUGUCAUCAUCAACGCCGUCGACUCCCUUCAUAUCCGCCUUGCCGUAUCUGGAACCUCCAAUGAUAAAUACCCAGCCAAACAACAUGCACGCAAUGUUGCCCGCAAGCUUGGGGUGUCGCAUGGUCUAAUUUUUAUCGCUGGUCAGCCCACGGUCAAUUGGCGCGAUUCCGACCAAUCGCGCCCGUUCCGCCAACGUCGAUACUUCUACUAUCUCAGUGGCGUGGAUGAGCCCGACUGUGCUCUGACAUACGAUAUCGGCUUGGAUAUUUUGACUCUUUAUGUACCGGACUUUGAUCUUCGUCGGGCGAUUUGGAUGGGCCCGACUUUGUCACGUGAGGAUGCUCAGGAUCGAUACGAUGUUGAUCGCGUGUUAUACCAGUCAUCGCUCCAGCCGGAGCUGGUAUCUUGGCUGAGCGAACGUGUGCAGAGCAGCUUGUUAUAUAUGGUGCAUGAGUCAGAGACGCCCGAGGGAUUGCCUGCAGAGCUGCCGCUGGAUGCCAAACAGCUGAUGCCUGCCAUGGAUGCAGCUCGGGGGGUCAAAGACGAAUAUGAGAUUCGCAUGAUCCGUAAGGCCAACAAGGUCUCGGGUCUAGCACACCGGAAAAUCCUGGAGAGUAUCCAGAAGAUGUCCAACGAGUCCCAGAUUGAAGGGUCCUUCCUGAAUACCUGUAUCUCCCACGGUGCUCCGAACCAAGCAUAUCAAAUUAUUGCGGCGUCGGGGCCCAAUGCGGCAGUUCUUCACUACGACCGAAACAACGAGUCUCUCAAGAACAAACCUCUCGUGUGCCUUGAUGCCGGUGCUGAGUGGCAGUGCUAUGCUAGCGACGUGACCCGGACAUUCCCACUUUCUAGCGAAUGGCCCAGCAAGUACGCGCGAGACAUCUAUCGCGUUGUCGAGCGCAUGCAAGAGGAGUGUAUCAAGCGGAUCCGCCGAGGAAACCGCUUCCUCUCUCUACACGACCUGGCCCACGAAAUCGCCAUCAUCGAACUACUACAUCUCGGUGUCUUCAAGGACGGCAGUCUCUCCGAAAUCCGAGCCUCGGGCGCAUCCAAGGUCUUCUUCCCUCACGGCCUGGGCCACCACGUCGGUCUCGAAGUCCACGACGUAUCCGAGUCAUCCAUUAUGGCUCUGCAUCCCGACUUUGACCACGAUCAAUACGGCCCAGUCCUAAACCCAGCUGGCAGCCUUGCACCUUGUACGCUUUCUGCCCCAUUGCUGGAAGAGGGCAUGGUGGUCACCGUGGAACCGGGGAUUUACUUCUCGCCGCUUGCGCUCGCAAAUGCACGAAAACAGCCUUAUGCAAAGUACAUUGACUUUGACGUCGCUGAAAAGUAUGUCCAUAUUGGUGGUGUGCGUAUCGAGGAUGAUAUCCUCGUCACUGCUACUGGCUAUGAGAAUCUCACUACUGCUCCGAAGGGAGAAGAGAUGCUUGCCAUUAUUCGGGGGUCUACAAAGAACUGUUGA